ACAAUAUACUACCACUUCACUUUCAAUAAACUCUGAACUUCCAACAAAGAAAGAAGGCUGAGGUAGAAGCAGUGAAAGACAAACAACUGAUGUUGGUUUUGAAUCUCUGAACUUCAUCAGUCAUCACUAACCUUUUGACAUGGCUGGACCAUCAUGGUUGGUGGACAGUAACAGAAUUGCUACGAAAAUAAAGAGUGCAUCUGCAACAUGUCAUCCUGAUAGAGUUACAUGGAAAAGCAACCCCAGCAGAGCUUGCCCUAAUUGCCAGUUUAUGAUUGACAACAGUGAUGUUGCUCAGGAGUGGCCAGGAUUACCUAGAGGUGUGAAGUUUGAUCCAUCUGAUCAUGAGAUUAUCUGGCACUUACUUGCGAAAGUUGGAGAAGGGGAUUUAAAACCCCAUCCUUUUAUUGACGAGUUUAUCCAAACCGUUGAAAAAGAUGAUGGAAUCUGUUAUGCCCAUCCUCAAAAUCUACCAGGUGUCAAGCAGGAUGGAAGUGUAUCUCACUUUUUUCAUAGAGCAAUCAAGGCUUACAAUACAGGAACUCGAAAGCGUAGAAAGAUACAUGGUGAUGAUUUUGGUGAUGUCCGUUGGCACAAAACUGGUAGGACCAAACCAGUGAUCUUAGAUGGGGUUCAAAGGGGGUGUAAGAAGAUUAUGGUUCUCUACAUGAGCAUGGAAAGAGGAGGCAAAGCUGAGAAAACUAACUGGGUUAUGCAUCAAUAUCACCUGGGAACUGCAGAGGAGGAACAGGAUGGGGAGUAUGUUAUCUCUAAAAUAUUUUACCAGCAGCAGCAACAGCAAGUCAAGCAGGUUGAAAAGAUUGAUCAAGAUUUCCCUGAAACCACUGAUCCAGUUACUGUAAAAGCCGGUCCUGUCACUCCUGACCCACCUCCUCUUACUGAAAGGCGUUGUUCAAAGAAUGACCUUGGGCAAGAUACUACUGUUACUAGUGAAGUUCGCUCUGCAGUUCACCUGGGAACUGCAGAGGAGGAACAGGAUGGGGAGUAUGUUAUCUCUAAAAUAUUUUACCAGCAGCAGCAACAGCAAGUCAAGCAGGUUGAAAAGAUUGAUCAAGAUUUCCCUGAAACCACUGAUCCAGUUACUGUAAAAGCCGGUCCUGUCACUCCUGACCCACCUCCUCUUACUGAAAGGCGUUGUUCAAAGAAUGACCUUGGGCAAGAUACUACUGUUACUAGUGAAGUUCCCUUGGCUCAGCAUCCUGCAAAUGAGCGUAUUGAAAAAGAGGUUGAACCUGAAUACAAAAUGCCUGAUUUUGAUGAUCAGCCCAAGGUAGAAAAUCAUACUGGUGAAGUGAUGGAUAACAAUGAUGUUCAUGUUGAGGAAGAUCCAAAAUGGUGGGAGAGUGAGUCACAACAUCUUUUGGAUUCUCAACAACUUGUGGAAGCGCUGUCUCUAUGUGAUGAUAUUUUUCAGAGCCAGUCUCCCAAUAGGGAUGGAAAUGAGAAUGGGAAUGGCAAACUUCGUCUUUCUGAUUAUGCUCAAUUAGGACCGGAGGAUUUAAAGAAGGAUCUAGAGGAGUGCCAAUACCUUGCGUGUGAUCCAGCAAACAUAGAACUUGAUACACCAACAGAAUUCCGACUUAGUCAGCUUGAAUUUGGAUCGCAGGACAGUUAUAUAGCUUGGGGUGGCGGCAAGGUGAUUGACUGAAUGUGGCCGGUUUGGGUAUUUUAACUGUGGUAAUUUUGUGCCCACUUUUUGUAUAGACUUCACCUAUUAGAAUGUCUUUGGAUUAUAUACAGUUUGCUUUUUUGGCAGUUUGAACUGUAUAUUUAUAUGGGCGAGGUAUAAUCUUUUGCUGGAAACUUGAAUUGUAAUUUGUGGUGGUGAAGUCACUGUUUAUAUAACUCAUGCUGUAAUUAUAAACCUUUGUUGAGAAUAGAUCAAAGAUAUGAUCUAUUUGUUCUCUUUAAAAUGUUCUAGCAAAGUUUCUUUUUUAA